UCCGCCUCUCCGGAGGGAGGGAUCCAGCUGGGUCGCCGCCGGGCUGCUCUCUCUGCUGCAGCAGCAGGAAAGAGCCCGGGAAGACCUGGGAGGCGCACGAGAUCUGGGGCGGGGGAGGAGCUUCGUUCGUGAGUCUCUCCGGCCACUUCUUCAGAGGUCUUCGGGCACUUCAGGCGACUCGCGACGGCUCCUCCCCGGCCACGAAUGUCCUGAGUCUCUGAGGCGCCCCGGGGGUCCUUCCUUCCCGCCGUCUCUGGCGAGAAAUAGCGACUGGCGGGGGGUGGGGGGGGGAGGAGGAGACCGGAAGUGCGCGUGCCCACACAUAAGAUGGCCGACCCGCCUUCGCCGCCUCGGGCGUAGCCGCUCUUCGCGGGCUUUCCUCUCGCGAUCGAGUUUGCCGGUACGGCGUGGGUAGAGCGGGGGGGCGCUCUAGGAGACAGGAGCGAGUCUCCUGAUCAGACGACUUCCGGGCUGUCCGGCGUCGCCUCCCUCGGGCCCGCCUCUCUCGGAUGCAGUUGCCCUCUGAUGUCCAUUUGGGUCUCCCGCUGCCGGCCCCUCCGGACUGGCUGGCCCUCAUCUCUGGCUCGUACCGCUAUUACCACUAUGGCUGCGAUGGCGUGGACGACCGCGGCUGGGGCUGCGGCUACCGUACGCUGCAGACGAUCUGCUCUUGGCUGCUGGAGGCCGGCCCAGAAGGGCUGGUGGCCCGGAGUGUCCCUUCGCUGAGGGAGAUCCAGCAGGCCCUGGUGGAGAUGGGGGACAAACCCCCUUCGUUUUCCAGAUCUCGGGAGUGGAUCGGCACGGUGGAAGCAGCCCUCUGCAUGGACCACUUGUAUGCGGUGCCGGGCAGGCUGGUCCACGUUCACCGGGGCAGAGACUUGGAAAAGGAACUGGGGUCCUUGUACACGCACUUCCAGGGAGGCGGGGGUCCUGUUAUGGUGGGAGGAGACAGAGACCACUCUGCCAAGGCGUUGUUAGGCGUCUGCUCUGGCCCCAAAGGACCCCAUCUCCUGGUUCUUGAUCCUCACUAUUACGGGACGUCAGGGCCCCUGACACGGGAUAAGCUGCAAGGCGGGGGCUGGGUUUGUUGGAGGGAGCUGAGUUUCUUCGAAGGCAGCUCCUUCUAUAAUCUCUGCUUCCCCCAAGCCAGGACAAGAGGGCCCCCCGGGGGAAACGGGUGAUGGUGGGAGAAGGCUGGGUGGACCGUUUGAAGGUAAUUCGUUCACGCAAGCAGAUAACGCCUUGCAAGGGAGCCCCUGGGACUCAUCCCAGAAGGAUUUCACGGGGAGAGGUUUCCCCACCUGGUUUCUGGGGCUUGUGUAAAUGAUGAAGGGAUAAUGAA